AGUAAUCAGAAAAAAAAAAAUUCAUACAGGUAAUUCCAAACUUGAAGCAAUGACCAGCUACCGUCAUGGACCAGGCUACCCUACCGGACCAGCUUACUCCACCGGACCAGGCUACUCCACCGGACCAGCUUACUCCACCGGACCAGCCUACUCCACCGGACCAACCUACACCACCGGAAGCAACGGGGUAAGACCGUACACCAACGAGUGGGGCCAAACAAGGCAUGGCUCUCCCCCAGGUGGAAAUUACGGCUAUCCUGCCACCGGAGACAACUGGAGUAGCAGGCCUUCGAGCCCUCCACGACAGGCCUUUGAGCCAGCAAGAACUUAUGGCGGCUACCCUAAUCAAAGUGGAUACAACGGGCCUCCAGGAUAUGGUGAUUACAGUGAUCAGUACAGCACCAACAAGCCGUACAAACAUUCCAACACCACUAGGUACGACAACUAUGAUGACCACUCACACAACCGCAAACAUAACGGUGGUGCCAUGGGAACGGCAAUUAACAUGAUAGCUAACGGUAGUGGCCACAGCGCUAAGCCAAACCGUGGAUCACUACUGGCGGCUGCACGUCCAGUUCGAGGGGAUGGCAGGCUCAGCCUGCCAACGGAUGACAUGGAGAGAGCCCUGCACUACAUGAAGGAGAGUUCAAAGCCCAAGGACAAAUAUUCCUACAAGUAAAACAUGUGAUGCUAAUUAAGGCUUUAUGCUUCUGCUUCGUUGUAUGCGUUUCUUACGUCCUUUUCGUCUGUUGGAUCGGUAUAACCUGGCCACUCUAUCUGUUUGUGUGUUUCUGCUUCUGUUUAGUUUCAUGGUAAGACAUGGAAGUGUACUCUUUGUAAUCUGUAUUGAUGGCAUGUAUGCCUUGUGAACUAAGUAAUAAAAUAAGCCUUGUAGUAA